CAGUCAGUCUCGCCCCUCCGCUCUCAGCAGUAUCAUCAUCGUCCCCGCCGGGUCCGGUGGCAGAGAGGAUGGUUCAGCGGAAAAGCUGCCGGGAAUGUGAAUGACAGCGAUGAGAUAAUGGCCCUCGAUAAACGAAGGUUCCUGAACGUGCGACUAGCUUGACCAAGUGAAACGACCGUGGCAGGAAAACACUGAACCAUGUUGCUCUAAGGUGUGACCUGUUGUGAACAGGGGAGGAGGAAGAGGAGGGGGAAGGUAUUGGCGAGCAGGAAGGAAAGACGGAGGACAGGCAUCUGCCACAUCUCCCUGUAGGUGGCCCUUUGUGAGCUCAGGCCAUGGGUAACACAGCCACCAAGUUCCGCAAGGCGCUGGUGGGAGGCGACGAGGCGCUGGCCUGGCAGCUGUAUGAAGGCAACCCUCAGUUCAGGGAAGGCCUGGACCCGAAUGCUUCGUAUGGAGAGCAGUACCAGCACAACACGCCCCUGCACUACGUCUGUCGCCACGCCAUGACUCGUCUGCUCAGGUCCUUCCUGUUUAGUAAAGAGGGAAACCCCAACAAACGUAACGUGCACAAUGAGACCUGCCUCCAUGUGCUGUGCCAAGGCCCGCAGAUCCUGCUGCUGUCAGAGGGAGCGCUGUCACCGAGACUGGCCCGGCCACAGAGGGAUGAGCAGCGACGUGCAGACUGCCUGCAGAUGAUCCUGAGCUGGACGGGGGCCAGGUUGGAGGGCGGCCAGUAUGAGAAGGCCAACGUCAACGCCACGGACAAUCACCACAGCACCUGCCUGCACUACGCUGCUGCUGCAGGCAUGAAGAGCUGUGUGGAGCUGUUAAUCCAGAGUGAGGCGGACCUUUUUGUGGAGGACGAGGACAAGUUGACGCCGUGCGACCAUGCUGAGCGGCAUCACCACACAGAGCUGGCCCUCAGCCUGGAGUCGCAGAUGGUUUUCUCCUCCUCUUCAGCUCAGCAGUCAAACACAGACGCACAUGGUGAAACAAACCUGCUGCAGUACAAAGAGCCUUACGAGGGACUGAAGCUGCAGGACCUGCGCAGGCUGAAGGAUAUGCUGAUCGUAGAAACGGCAGACAUGCUGCAAGCCCCCCUCUUCACCGCUGAGGCUCUGCUCCGAGCUCAUGACUGGGACAGAGAGAAGCUCCUGGAGGCCUGGAUGUCGGAUGCUGAGGGUUGCUGCCAGCGCUCAGGCGUGGCCAUGCCUACCCCGCCGCCCAGCGGAUACAAUGCCUGGGACACCCUACCCUCGCCACGCACGCCCAGGACCCCGCGUUCACCCCUAACGCUCACCCUUACCUCCCCGACUGACAGCUGCCUCACACCUGGAGAGGAGGGCCUGUCUACGUGUGGAAUCUGUCUCUGCUCCAUCUCAGUGUUUGAGGAUCCAGUUGACAUGUCCUGCGGUCAUGAGUUCUGCAGAGCAUGUUGGGAAGGGUUCCUCAAUGUAAAGAUUCAAGAGGGUGAUGCUCACAACAUCUUCUGUCCAGCGUAUGAGUGCUACCAGUUGGUCCCAGUUCAUGUGAUCGAGAGUGUGGUUUCCAGAGAGAUGGACCAGCGAUAUCUACAGUUUGACAUCAAGGCGUUUGUGGAGAACAAUCCUGCCAUCCGCUGGUGUCCUGCAGCACGCUGUGAGCGAGCUGUGAGACUCACCCGGCCCGGCCCUGGGGACAGCGACCCCCAGAGUUUCCCCCUGCUGCCCUCCCCAGCUGUUGAUUGUGGCAAGGGCCACCUCUUCUGCUGGGAGUGCCUUGGCGAGGCCCACGAGCCAUGUGACUGUCAGAUGUGGAGGAACUGGCUCCAGAAAGUGACAGAGAUGAAGCCUGAGGAGUUGGCAGGUGUGAGUGAAGCUUAUGAAGAUGCUGCUAACUGCCUGUGGCUGCUAACCAACUCCAAACCAUGUGCCAACUGCAAGUCACCCAUUCAGAAGAAUGAGGGCUGCAACCAUAUGCAGUGUGCCAAGUGUAAGUAUGACUUCUGUUGGAUCUGUCUGGAGGAGUGGAAGAAGCACAGCUCGUCAACGGGAGGCUACUAUCGCUGCACUCGCUAUGAGGUCAUCCAACAGCUCGAGGAGCAAUCUAAGGAGAUGACUGUAGAGGCAGAAAAGAAGCACAAAAGUUUUCAGGAGCUGGAUCGUUUUAUGCACUAUUACACUCGUUUCAAAAACCAUGAACACAGUUAUAAGUUGGAGCAGAAACUGCUGAAAACAGCUAAAGAGAAGAUGGAGCAGCUGAGUAGAGCCUUCAUUUGCCGUGAGGGUACUCCUCCAGACACACGGUUCAUUGAGGACGGCGUGUCCGAGCUGCUGAAGACGCGUCGCGUGCUGAAGUGCUCUUACCCAUAUGGCUUCUUCCUGCAGCAAGGCAGCACUCAGAAGGAGAUAUUUGAGCUCAUGCAGACUGACCUUGAGAUGGUUGUGGAGGAUCUGGCCCAAAAGGUCAACCGGCCGUACUUGAGGACGCCCUGCCACAAAAUAAUCAGCGCAGCUCGGCUGGUGCAGCAGAAGAGGCAAGAGUUCCUGGCAUCAGUGGCCCGCGGUGUUGCUCCCAACGACUCCCCAGAGCCUCCACGAAGGAAUUACCCUGGAGGAUCAUGGGACUGGGAGUAUCUUGGGUUUGCUUCACCAGAGAUGGGGAGUCGUCACUCAGUGCUGGGGACGGGCGAUCAGAGAGACAGACAGUCACAGGAUUAUGCUGACAUCCAGUACCGCCGCAGACACAGACCGCGGCGCAGAGGAGACAUGCUGAGUCUGCACAACCUAAGGAGCAGCAGUAACACGCCAGAGACCAGCAGGAGGAGUGACAACACAGAGGGUCCAGAGAGGAGCGAGGGUCGCAGGAGAGCGUUGGGCUCGCUGGAUGACGAUGACCCCAACAUCCUCCUCGCCAUCCAACUCUCCCUGCAGGAGUCCCGCAGAGAGCGGAGCCUGGAGGGGGGCCUGGAGAGAGCAAUGGAGGGGCGAUUGGAGCUGGUUGGUGGACUGGACACAGGACAGGAGAGGAGAGCGGGACCCGUGGGGGACCUGAGCAGUGUGGCUUUGCAUUCUCUUAGUACAGACGGUCCUCCAGGUGCCAGAGGCCCCUCCUUCCCCGCCUCCCUCCUGGAUCCUCCCCGCCCCCCUCACAGGACAGACUCCACCACUCAGCCUCCUUCGUCCAGCUCCCUCCCCCUUCCUCCCCCGCCUCCCUCUCUCAGCGCAGAGCUGCUGGAGCUGGGGGACAGCCUUAUGAAGCUGGGAAACAUCACAGCUCCCUACGACCAGGAGCAGCUGUGCUCACACCACAUAUUCAGCCACAGCACGCUCAACGCCCCCUACAGCAUUGAACCUACAUACAGCGACUGCAGCCAUAGACAAGAGCAGAGCGCACGGAGAGCGCCAUAUGUGCUUGACCAUAUCGCCAUCACAGAUCAUCGCCAGUCUGGUUCUUAUUUAGCCGAGGCUGAGCACACUGCCUCCUGCGCACUUGAACGCACCCAAAACCCCACCCAUCAAAGUCCCUACAACCGAGACCAUGCAGCCACGUAUGACAGCCCCCCACAGUCGAUCGGCUCUUACACCCCGAACCCAGACCAGGGUAGCUCCUCUGCUCAGGAGCGCCCCAUGACCUGCACUCUUCAACGCCCCCCCAAACCAGACCCUCAGCCCCCUGCCCAGUUGUGCCUCCCAUCUCCAGAGCUCGAGUCGGAGCUGCUGCUGUCCCCGGUGAUCCCACCAGGGGGCCCUUUCACCCCCAGUGACCCUCAGAGUCUUGAGGCCCUGGACCCCACCGCCAGUGCCCAGCUGCUGGACAACAUCAUGGCCUGGUUCAACAACAACAUCAACCCCCAGAACAACCCGCAGAGCCUCGCUCUCAUCCCCUCCCCGCCCACCACAGAAACGGACUCCUCCACGGACACACACACCGAGACUGAGACAGAAAGCCAGACCUCCAGGGACCCAACCCCGGCCCCCGGCUGGCAGCCCCCGGAGGGUGAGCCAGAAGGGGAGACGGGGUCAGUGAGUCCCCAUCAAGGUGCAUCGGACGCCGAGGGCUCGAAGGCAUCAAGGUUGAGCACUCUAGAUUUGGAAAACAGAGAGGCUUCCGAGGAGGGCGCGGGGGCAGGGUGUGUGGCUGAUCUGUCGCUGGACGAAGCGCUCACACACCCGUGCCCGCACGCCCAAUGUGGAAACAGUCCGGCACACACUGCCCCUCCCACAGAGAGAGACUUAGACCUCAUCCUUCAGCUAGAGGGGGACCAAUCACCUGAGGAGUGGGAGGAGCAAGUACACCUGGUGUGACAGCGACAUAAGGACGUGGAGAGAGAAGGUCGAGCAAGUAGAGAGAGAGAGAGGAUCGUGAAAGAGGGAAGAAAUAAGAUAGAACUAGCUAGGAGCUUGGAUGGAAGCCCUAAAGGUGACAGAGUCGAGUGUUUACGGUGUGUAUUAUACUGUAUCUAGAGAGGACUAACAGACCUGCGGACUCUGUCCAGUAAAGAUGAUGUCAUACGCUUUUUUUAAGUGCUUUUGUCUGCUGAAAGAGAAGCAGACAAACUUUUCUUUGAAAAAAAACAAAACAAAAAACGAGUGUUUAAAACAGAGAGCAUCAAUGGAAAGCUACUGAUAUCAUAACUCAUGAAAUGCUGCACGUUUUUGUUUCCUCAUUUUAUUUAUUCCCCACCUCCUCUUGUGUUCGUCUUCUCAGUUCGUCCAGGGUGAAGUUUUGGUGCUGAUCAUGCUGAAAGCCGAGCUUGCCUCCUUUUUAGUCACAACAAAGCAACCCAACCGUGAGCCUGUUCAGCUCCCAGAGCCAAACACAACGAUAGCUGUAACCUCGGAGCUGGUUUAGCGUACUGUACAAUCAGAGGGCCUGAUUCCCACUUUUGGACCUUCAUGCACACCGUGCCUGCUUUGUUAGAGAGAGAAAACACUACUGAUCUUUAGUUUUGGUAGGCUGGAAGGAACAACUGUACGCCUGUAAAUGCUCAAACAACAUGCCUAUACCUUUUUAUUCCUUUGAAACACAACAAGGUCAGAAGUAGAGAGACAGGAAGGAAUGGGGGAAUUGCUCAAUGACACUUCCGCAUUAAGGGUGCUUGAUGUUUCCUGCUCAUCACACCAUCCUGCUGACCUUCUUUGAUAACUUUUAUCCUUCAUGAGAGACUAUUGUACUGGUGCUUUGGCUCAGUUUUCAAAGUAAGAGUUUCAAAGUGCAAACUCAGAAUGAUAUUUUUGAUCAUUUGGCCUUAAAAUCUGCUCAGAAAAUCAAGAAACGUCAUUAAACUGAGUUCGUUUGAGUGAGAUGCAGUAACUUAAGUUGUCCUCAGAUCACACUGAUGGGAAUUACCAAAAAAACAUGUUUUUUUGCAGAAGUGAGUGUCCAAAUUGAGCAAAUUUGGAGUUAAAAACCUUUUGUACAUAUCAGAAUUGGACUAUAAUUUUAUCUUUAUAAACCUUAAAAAGCAAACCAACACUGAUUUCCCUCGAAUAAUCAACAACAUUUAAAGAAAUCAAAAGUUUGUAAAAGAUUAAGAUCCUAUUUGUAGGUGGAAGAAAGUAAAUCUUUCAUACUGUCAGGUCAGGUUUUACUUUCCUGCAUCUUUUUACCCUUAAACUUUAAUAUCUCAGUCACAUUUUUCUUUAUAUUACUUUAAUAAUGAAAAGUAGGGAUGCAUGACCCUGGAUCUUUGCUGAUGUACUAAUAUUCGUAGAUUAAUUUAAGCUGAUGUGUAAAUAGGUUUUUAAAACUUUAGUGCUUCAACCACACUUUAAACUUCAAAGUGUGUUUUAAGGACUGAAGUUUGUUUCUUUGCCUAUCCAUAAAAUUUAAUAAAUGAAGAUAAACAAAAAAAGACAGAGGUUCGUGGUCCUGCAUAAAACCAUAGAUUUAUUUACACAUAUGAAUGUUUACAGCUGAGAUUCACAGCAAAUGCACUUGUGAGUAUUGUCAGAAAUUUUACCAUCUGCCUUUACUAUGAUUGGGCGGUAUUCAUUUUUAAAUUACGUGAAACCUUCCCAAAAUUUACCCCAGUAUUACUGCCCGGUGCUGAAGAACCAUGUUGAACAGGUCAAAAAAGAAGUUGCCAGCAUGCUAGCACAGCAAUCAGAGCUUGCAUUUUCUCACGGAUCAUUCAAUCUGUUUAAAAAUGCAAAAAAAAAAACACAUUAUGUAUGUUCAUUACAGGGGUGCUGGAAGUGAUUUAUUCACACCUCAUGGCUAAGCAGGGUUAAGUCAUCUUUUUUCCCUCUUUGGACAGAAUCAGCGUGAUCAGCUUCUCUACAGCAGUGUCAGACACGCCCACACACCAGAACGCUCGCACAGCACACACACUCAAAGGAGGGAGGAAAAUACCCAAGAUACGAUAUGUUUGCAUUUCUUUGCAUUCAUGUACUGACCACUGCGCUCAUACACAACUAAAACUAUGUGAGGUAUCUCGCCUUGGUUUCAAAGGACUAAUUUGAAUUAUGAAUUUGAAUUUGCACCUUUAAACUCAGUCAAAGCAUCAGUCAGGACAGUAGAAGGUGAUUUAGUUUGGCCCAUCUUUUCCACUACUGAUGGCUCACGCAGCGUACUGGUGUUAGUUGGGAGCUGGGUUGGGUUUUUAACUGUAAUUUAUCAUUUUUUUCUUAAUUUCUUCUUAUAAAGAAGAGAAUUAUUCUGAGUUGAGACCAGAGUUGGUUGGUUUGUGUGCCUUUUUGUUUGUGUUUGUUUAUUUGUUGGUAUUUAUUAGUGUCUUUACUUCUGAAACACGUUUAAGUUUCUUAUGAAAGAAACACAUCACCAUACAUCGCACAGGUUUUAGAUGCACAGCAGAACUCUUUAUCUUUGAUUUGUUUUUGGCCAUUUCACCCAAUCAAAACUGACUUUGAUGCCACAUUAAAGAAAUAUUUGUGAUUAUUUCUCUCUAAGUUUAAUCCCGUUUAUAUGAAAGUUUAGCAGAGUUGGCCUUUGAUUCUUCAACUUUGAUUGUUGUAAAGCCAAACUUUAUUGCCCAGCUAAUGUUUACAGAGAGUGAAACACUGCCUGCUGUGUUUGAGAUACACUUUACAGCUUUGGGGACUGGAAUGAUUAUCAGAGUGUUCUAAUUAGACUUUUAUUGUCGGCCAAACAAACGUAAAGCAAUCCUUUUGUUUCUGUUGAGAUUUCUGCCUCUACUUUACACAAGUAUUGACUGAAACAGUAUCUGAUCUGCUGGCAGAAAGGCAUCGCUGAUUAUUGAUAGAUUUAAAGAGCUCCAGUGAAGUUGAUUUCGACUUUUUAAACCCCACUGAACACUUCUCCCUCUCCACAUUGACCAUUAACCCGUGAAGGUGCUGGUCAGCCUGUCUGUGCUGAUGAAAACAUUUCAUAACACUUUGCCUUCUUACGUGCGAGGGCAGCCGGUGACGCCCCCAAAAUUGCAGACUUUGUUCUCUGAGGAACGGCUUUUUUAACAGCAUUGCUCACUUUUCAUUUUAGUUGCAUAGUAGGACUGAAAGCACCAAGUCUCUGGGUCUUUAAUUUGCACAGACAUGCUUAUCAAACGGUGUCAGAUGUUAUGAGUGAAGAUUUUAUAAUUAUUGAUAUUUUCUUUAUUGUUUUCUUGAUUUUGAUUUUAUUUAUGGUGUGCCAUUUUCUACUCCAUAUUUAAGGUUUAUACUUUGACAAACCCUCAGCUGACCACUUCAGAACUCAAAGAAAUGAAAUUGCACUCUCAUAGAUUAUACUUGAUACAUUCCCGGUGGGUUCAUAAAGGCGGUUUGAUGUGUGGCCAAAACUGUAAAUGAAAGUCUCAGUGCAAAGUUUACUCUCAAUAAAAAAGAGCUGAAAGUCUGUUGCUCAGAGUUUUUCUUUGAGACAGGGACUUUUUAAAGACAUGGGAAUAAAAAUCUGCUAAAAUGACAACGAAUCCAGAAAACAUCAAACUGGAAAUGGGACAUUUUUUAAAGGAUUAAAUAUAUAAGGACAGAAGUAAAUCUUUGUACUUUAAUAAGAUGUCCCACCUUUUGCAGCUAUAACAUUCUGCCCCAAACUUGAAAGGCUUUCCACAACAUUUUGGAGCGCUUCUGUCUGAAAUUGUGCCCAUGCUUGAGAGUCCAGUGUUGGUGGGCUUUCUAUCACUUCACCCCACGCUUUGUAUUGGACUUAGCGAUGUGAGGUUAGCUGCUCAGCCAUGGAAACCUGUUCAUGAAGCUCCUGCCGCACAGUUUUAGUGUUUACAUUAAAGCCAGUGAAACUUCAGUUGUUCAGCUAAGGACUCAGCAGAGCAUUGGAGACUUUUUACCCCAUGAGCCUUAGCAGUCGUCAACCCCACUCUGUGAUUUUAUGUGGCCUGCUUUGUUGUUGAGUGGCUGUUGUUCCUAAACUCUUCCACUUUCUAAUAAUAUCACUUACAGUUGACUCUGGAAUAUCCAGCAGGGUUGAAAUUUCACCAGCCGUCUUAUUACAGAGGUGGGAUCCAUCAUGGUGCCACUGAAGUCACUGAGCUCUAAAGAACAACCCUUUUAGGAUCACAAAUGUUUGAGACUGCAUGACUAGGUGCUUGAUUUUAUAGACCUGUGGGUCUGACUGAAACACCUGAAUUCAGUAAUCAACAGGUGUGGUCAAAUACUUUUGUCCAUAUCAUUUAUCAUCAGAAAACACCAGGUACACUUUAUUAAAGAAUAGAUCUUAUUGGGGUCAUCCAGAUCUUUGUCACAACUAGAUAAUGACAAACACUGUCUUCAACUACACCCUACCUUAAACGCCAUUGUUGCAGUCCUGAAACUCUUCAGAAGUUUACUACAUUUGUUCAAAGCAUGUUGGGAAAAACAGUAAAUAUAAAGACUCUAGUGCCAUCUAACGGCAAAGAUGUGAAACUACAACCACCUGCAAAUUCAGUCUGUUUUUGAGGCCUAUUCUUUGAUUCUUUGCUGUAAUUUUCUGUAAACUUAUUUUCUGUGCAAACUUAGCUGAAAACUUGGAAGAAUAUUCCAGAUCAGCAGUAGAAACGUGUUUACAUGUUAUUGAUACGUCUAAACCUCCACCAGUACCUUGUGAUGUAGGUUGGAAACCCCAAAGAAUAAUCAAUGCUUUAAUUUUUUGGGCAUCCAAUGGGUCAGUUUGUUUUUUUUUUUUAUAUUGUUGGUUUAAAAAGCACAUUUAACACCCAUGAUAAAAGACUAUUGUCAGAUGAAACUACAUUACCUCAUCAUUUGAACUUUACUGAAUUGUUACAAAGUAUCUUUAAAUUAGGACUGUGAUUAAAUGUUUAAAACAUGA